GCUUAAGGUCGUAUGUUUGAUUAGGAAUAAUUUACACGCCUACAGACCAAAAUUGAACAUGGCAUGUGGGAUUGUAUACUUACCUGCUUAUUUAAUUAAUGCUAAUUAGAAUUUAACUGGAUAUUAUUGGGCUCUAAUUUGAGUUGUGUUAAUGCUUUGAUAAGAGGUUGUCAACAUUCCACCUUAACGCUUCUAUGUCAGCGUUCAUACAUUUUUUGUGCAUUGACGUCAAUCGUAUACAAGGCACCAAACAGGGAUUUUCUUGAUGUUCCUAAGCUUGAGACGAAUAUGGACAGGUAGCCGGCACAGCUGCUACCGUUUCCCCUAUCAUCCUGACUGCGACAGCUGCAGAUUUUUCUCCUUCCAUCACUGCGGGAACGACACCAAUUGCAAAUAUAACCGCAACAAAGCUACCGUUGCCCAGAGUGCGGCACAGGCACGAGCCGGCGCCCGUCACACCCGGCACCAUGAUGGAAGGAGGCAUGCAGCUGCUGAACCGCGACGGCCACAGCAUUUCACACAACUCCAAGCGCCACUACCACGACUCCUUCGUGUCCAUGAACAGGAUGCGGCAGCGCGGGCUGCUGUGCGACAUCGUGCUGCACGUCUCCAACAAGGAGAUUAAGGCGCAUAAAGUGGUGCUCGCGUCGUGCAGCCCUUACUUCCAAGCCAUGUUUACUAAUGAGAUGUCAGAGAGUCGUCAGACCCACGUGACGCUACACGAUAUCGACCCCCAGGCGUUGGAGCAGCUGGUCCAGUACGCCUACACGGCAGAGAUAGUUGUCGGGGAGGGUAAUGUUCAGACAUUGCUUCCGGCGGCGAGCUUACUGCAGCUCAACGGGGUGCGGGACGCCUGCUGCAAGUUCCUCCUCAGCCAGCUGGACCCCUCCAACUGCCUGGGCAUCCGAGGCUUUGCCGACACGCACUCCUGCAGCGAUCUUCUCAAAUCGGCGCACAAGUACGUCCUGCAGCACUUUGUGGAGGUCUCCAAGACGGAGGAGUUCAUGCUACUGCCGCUGAAACAGAAAUACCUAAAAACUACCUGGCCAAGACUUGAGGUACUGGAUCUUAUUUCUAGUGACAACCUGAACGUUCCAUCCGAAGAGGAAGUGUACCGGGCUGUGCUAAGCUGGGUUAAACAUGACGUAGAUGGGCGCCGGCCGCAUGUUCCAUGGUUGAUGAAGUGCGUGCGGCUGCCGCUGCUGAGGCGAGACUUCCUCAUUAGCAACGUGGACACGGAGCUGAUGGUGCGUCAUCACUCCGAGUGCAAGGACCUGCUGAUCGAGGCGCUGAAGUAUCACCUGAUGCCCGAGCAGAGAGGCGUGCUCAGUAACAGCCGGACGCGGCCACGGCGCUGCGAGGGCGCCAGCCCUGUUCUCUUCGCUGUCGGUGGCGGCAGUCUGUUUGCCAUUCAUGGAGACUGUGAAGCAUACGAUACCAGGACGGACCGCUGGCACAUGGUGGCAUCCAUGUCCACUCGGCGGGCCCGGGUGGGUGUGGCAGCCAUCGGGAACAGACUCUAUGCUGUUGGAGGGUAUGACGGUACCUCAGACCUGGCAACUGUUGAGUCGUAUGACCCCAUCACUAACUCCUGGCAACCGGAGGUUUCCAUGGGAACGCGGCGGAGCUGUUUAGGCGUGGCGGUCUUGCAUGGGCUGCUGUAUGCUGCCGGGGGUUAUGAUGGAGCUUCGUGUCUUAAUAGUGCUGAGCGUUUCGACCCUCUGACAAGCACGUGGACAUCCAUUGCGGCCAUGAGUACCCGCAGGAGAUAUGUUCGUGUUGCAACUCUAGAUGGCAACCUGUACGCAGUGGGUGGCUACGAUAGCUCCUCACAUCUUGCAACGGUGGAGAAGUACGAUCCUCAGAGCAACGCGUGGACAUCUAUCGCCAACAUGCUGAGUCGCCGCAGCAGCGCUGGGGUCGCCGUGCUGGACGGUAUGCUGUAUGUGGCGGGAGGGAACGACGGGACCAGCUGCCUCAACUCUGUGGAAAGGUUCAACCCCAAGAGCAACUCCUGGGAGGGCGUGGCUGCCAUGAACAUACGCAGGAGUACUCACGACUUGGUAGCUAUGGACGGCUGGUUGUAUGCCGUAGGAGGAAACGACGGCAGCUCCAGCCUCAACUCCAUCGAGAAGUACAACCCUCGCAGCAACAAGUGGGUAGCGGCCUCCUGCAUGUUCACCCGCCGCAGCAGCGUGGGCGUGGCCGUGCUGGAGCUCCUCAACUUCCCACCGCCGUCCUCGCCCAACCUGUCGGUGUCUUCCACAAGCCUUUGACACGGGGUCAUGGCUUGGCUGACCUCGGCCUCCACCGCUACUGCUCAGACCGGCUCUGGGAAGAGACGUAACUGCUCGGUUUGAGGAGAGGGAGGAGAAAGAGCAGAAGUGUGAAUGAGGCUACUGGCUUGGCUGAGCAGACAUGACCCAAUAUCACAAUUGCACUGUAAACAACAAUUGGGAAACAAUAAUUCUACAAGAUUUUCCUGUUCAGGGUCAAGGAUGGGCUAGAGCUUAUCCCAGCUGUAUUUGGGUGAGUGUUUGGGUACACCCGAGACCGGACACAUACAAACAACAAUGCACACUUACAUUCACACCUAUGAAGAAUUUAGGCUACAACUAAUACUUGAGGCUCCUAAAAAAUGAAGUCAUACUUUGCCAUAGCAAUCCCUUUCAUAAAAGUGUAAUAAAAAAUAAUCGCUUCACAUUUUUAGACCUCACUAAAGAUAUACAGUUCAUAUUAUUUCAUAAAAAACUAUUUAAAGUACCCCUACAUUUUUAGUAGUAGAAGACAAAAUGUGCAAUAUUUUCCAAUAUCAACCCUUAAUAAUAAUAAUAGUUUAAAAUAAUAUAUUGCUACUGGUAAUUUAUGACAACACUGAUUUUCAUCUAUUAUUCCUUUGUAGCAAUGAUUGUUUAUAUUAGGGGUGUCAAAAAAAAUCGAUUCUUGAAUUAAUCGCGAUUCUUAUUUGUAACAAUUCUUAAUCGAUUAAAAAAAAGCAAAAAUCUAUUAAAAUAGUGUGUGUGU